CUGCCGGCCGCAGGGCUGCGAGAGACAGGGAGGCAGCUCACGGCUCCUCUCCUCGCCGCGGGCUCAGGGGCGCUACCUGCGGGGCCGCCGCCGAGCCGGGGGGCCGCCGCCGGGCUGCGGUGACAUUGGGAGGAGACUCGUCCGAGGGCGGCGCCGGGGGGCAGGAGUGCCCGCGGCUAGCGCCAGCCGCAACUCGCCCUCCCCUGUGGCGGCGGGGAGGGGGGCGGCGGGCGGGAAGCUGGGCUCUGGCCGCCCGGCGCGGCUGCCGGGGCGCUCAGCCCUUCAUUUCCUCUCGCCGUCGCGCUGCUGGAGGCUCCAGACUAUAAAUAGCAGGCUCGCUAGCCACCGAGCGAUACACGCACACACCGGAGGAAAGUGCCGCGCCGGUCGCCCCGCCGGGCGGGCGCCCAGCUGCUAGCCAGAACCGAGAGAGAGAUGGUGCCGACUGAAAGGAAAUCUGCUUUUUCUAAUGAAAAAUAAGAGUUCUGAAGCCUCUGAAGUGGUAAUCCUGGAGCGCUGCUGGAUUGUGGAGUUCAGGAGUAAAACAGAUGUUUCAAUAGUUCUUAAGUUUCAGAGUGGAGAACCAGAUCUUUACCUUGAAGCUCCAUCAAAGCCAGAUUGCGAAUCUUGGGCUGUGGCACUGGGGGAGGCAAACUCAGAAGGUUUGAAGAAUAAAAUUCAGCAGCUCCGGAGGUUGAUCAUGGAAAUCAAAGAGGAGAGAUCAUCAGAUGAAGCACAGCAGUUUCUCCCUUCAUCUCAAGUAGACAGUCUAGGAGAGCCACAGUUUACAAAUAUUCAGAGAACUGCAAAUGAGCCAAAGCUGGAGUUCAGUCUUGCAUGCAAGGAUCUAGUGGCUGCUACCCGUGAUCGGAAGCUGAAUACAUUUAUACAAAUCUCGGUGGUACAUCCAGCAGAGCACAUUUUGACGAGGUAUUCAAGCACUGAAAUCGUGGAGGGUACAAGAGAUCCACUGUUUUUGACUGGUGUGACAUUCCCACCGGCAUACCCCAUCUAUGAGGAGACUAAAAUAAAGCUAACCGUCUAUGAUGUCAAAGAUAAAUCUCAAGACACGGUCCGCACCAGUGUCCUACCUGAUCACAAGGAGCCAAGAGCAGAUGUUGGACGAAGCUUCCUGGGCUGUACAACUUUUAGAGUAGGAGACUUGGUAAAGUCAAAGGAGCAACAGUUGACCCUUACCCUCAGAACUUCUGAUGGUGGAAAGACAGUUGGUACCAUUGAAGUCAAUCUUGUGAGGAUGGGAGAGCUAGAGGAUGGGGAAACGGACCACAUCACAACAGAUGCCCAGGAUCAAAAGUGUGCAUUGGUUCGUGAAUGUACAGCCACUGAAGGCAUAAGUGGUAAAGACAACUUGCCUUCAUUAAAUGCAGUGUUAAAAAACCCAAUCUGUAAGUUAUAUAGAUUCCCUACUUCUGACAAUAAAUGGAUGCGGAUCCGGGAACAGAUGGCUGAGACCACCCUCUCUUUCCAUGUUCCUAAAGAACUGAUCAAUCUGCACAUAAAGGAGGAUAUGAGAAGGAAUCAGGAACUUAAGGACUUGGGAGAACUUGCUCCUCACUGGGACAAUAUGCGCAGAAGUGUUAUUGCUCACUGUGAUCAGAUGUUGAGCAUGUACCAGGAUACUCUGGCAGAGCUUGCGAAGCAUACAGGUUCUUCCUUCAAAUCAAGCUGUAGCAAAGGAGAAAAAACACUAGAAUUCAUCCCAAUAAAUCUUCAUCUGCAAAGAAUGCACGUGCAUAGUCCUCGGUUGAAAGAUGCUCUGUAUGAUGUCAUCACUGUGGGAGCCCCAGCAGCACAUUUCCAAGGAUUUAAGAAUGGUGGUCUCCGAAAACUGCUGAGUAAAUUUGAGGCAGAAAGACGGAAUACUGGAUACCAGUGUAUUUACUAUUCACCUGAAAACACAGCCAAGGCAAAAGAAGUUCUCAGCAACAUCAAUCAUCUACAACCUCUCAUAUCAAGCCAUGCAGACCUGCUGCUUAAUUCUGCAAGCCAGCACUCUCCAGACAGCUUGAAGAAUUCUUUAAAGAUGCUUUCAGAAAAAACAGAGUUAUUUGUGCAUGCAUUUAAGGAUCAGCUGGUCAGAAGUGCCCUUUUAGCACUAUACACAGCCCGGCCUGGCUGUGUCCUCAAGAAACCAGCUGUGCCUAGAAACAGUGCAGAAGAGGGGGGUGAUUUACAGCAUCAGGACCAUCCUUCUCAGAUUAAAAGACAAGACUCUAUACCCCAUCAUUCUGAGUAUGAUGAGGAAGAGUGGGACAGGGUGUGGGCCAAUGUGGGAAAGAGUUUAAACUGUGUUAUUGCCAUGGUGGACAGACUGCUUGAAAAAGAUAACAUCAGCAACAUUAAAGAGGCUGAAAAUGAUCCUGCAGCAGCAGAUUGCAAGGUGUUGCAUACAGGUGGUGACUGGUAUGAACAGCUGUAUCCCCUGGUGAUUACGCUGAAGGACUGCAUGGGAGAGGUGGUGACCAGGGCGAAGCAAUCGAUGGCGUUUGUUCUGCUCCAGGAACUUGCCUGUGGUUUGCCACAAUGUUUGAUGCUGACCCUAAGAAGAGAUAUCGUCUUUAGUCAAGCACUUGCUGGAUUGGUCUGUGGGUUUAUAAUCAAAUUGCACACAGGUUUACAUGAUCAAGGAUUUUUACAACAGCUUCAUACUGUUGGAUUGCUUGUACAAUAUGAAGGACUCCUUAGUACAUAUAGUGAAGAAGCGGGGAUGCUAGAAGACAUGGCUGUGGGAAUUUCAGAUUUGCAGAAAGUAAUGUUUAAAGUCAUUGAAGCCAAAUCAGAAGAUUUUUUGCCUAUUAUAACGGGAAGACGUGAACAUUACAUUAUAGAGGUCCAGCUUCCAGCAAAGAUGUUUGAGUUGCUGCCACAAGAGAUUAAAGAAGGAAAGCUACUUCGCAUGUAUCCAGUACUCUUUAAUGUUGGAAUCAAUGAACAGCAAACACUUGCAGAGAGGUUUGGAGAUACCACUCUACAGGAAAACAUUAACCAGGAAAACUUAGAACUUCUAAAAGAAUAUUACAAGCUGUUUACAGAAAAAAUGCCUCCUGAUUGUCUACCACAUUUUCAAGAACAAAAUGACUUAAAGGGAUUGCUAGAAAAUCUUCAUCAAAAUAUCCAGGCCAAAAAGAGAAAGAAUGUAGAAAUCAUGUGGCUGGCUGCAACGAUUUGCCGUAAGCUGAAUGGAGUCCGUUUCACCUGUUGCAAAAGUGCCAAAGACCGGACAUCCAUGUCGGUGACACUGGAGCAGUGCUCCAUCUUGAGGGACGAGCAUCAGCUUCACAAAGACUUCUUUAUUCGGGCGCUGGAUUGCAUGAGGAGAGAAGGAUGCCGCAUAGAGAAUGUACUGAAGAAUGUCAAAUGCAGAAAGUAUGCAUUCAACAUGAUACAGCUGAUGGCUUUCCCAAAGUACUACAGACCUCCAGAAGGGACAUAUGGAAAAGCUGACACCUAAGUUUAACAAAAGUGUAAUCAGGAACAUACAUCAUGCUAAUUAGUGAAUAUAAAAAUCGCUGUUUAUGACAUUAAUUGGGAAUGUGUAACCAGUUGAGGUGUUAUUUUUAUCAGGUUUUAUCAUUUUACAUUAAAAUAACUCCAGUUAGUCCUUAUGAAAUAAAAUAUCAUGAAAAAACAACUGACCGACUAUUCUCAAAACCAAAUAUAUUCAACUUUUCUUUGUGAAGUUGAAGCUAAUAUGACUCAUAAGCCAGCUGGAAAUUAGUUGUUUGGGUCAUUUGAGCAAAGAUCAAAAAGGGAAGUGUCAUUUGCUAUAGGAACUGAGGUUAGCAGUCUGGAAGGUGGCAUUCUGACUCUGAACCAAAACAUGAGAUUUGAUUUAAGGAGUCUCUUCUGCUGGAAAUAGUGUUUUCUGGAACCAGCAUAGCACCGAGGUCUUGAUCACUAAUGAUUAAAUCCUUCACUGAAGUGUUUAUGAAAGAUACUGAUGUUAAUACCUGGGCUAAAUAUAAUUUUGGUAAUUAUGUUUAUCUUCUUUACAUAAGCAUGGUAACUUCAUAAUAUGUUUUUAGUAAUUACAGCCUGUAAUUUCAGUAAUUUCAUUCUGAUUCCUUGCAGUUCAUUCUUGGCUUUCUGUACCACAGCAAAAUGCUGCUUGACUUUCACAUAAAUCACAUUGAAAUCAGGGGGAUUAAUUCUUCAAGUAAGGUGACCUGAAUUUGACCUGUCAUGUUCCUGUUUACUGUAAACCCUUAAAACUAAAUUUUCUUUAGUGGUAGGGAAAAUGAGUUGUAUAUACAGGAGUUAAUGUAUCUUUAGGCUAUAAAAACAUAUAUGUUUUUACAGAGCCCAAGAUAAAUGUUAUAAUUAUGAGUAACCUGCUGUAUUAGGACUAGUUAGCCACUGCAGCUGAUUUAUAUCAAUUUUGUAAUGCUGCAUGUAGACACUCUAGGAUGAAGAACUAUCAGCUUUGAAAAUGAGUGUUAAUACUUCUGCCAGCUUGUGUUAGUCCUGAAAUUUGUCUUGCAAAGAACAUUUGUGUUUUCUAAUUGUAUCUAUUUAUUGCUGCCUUCUGCCUCCCAGAGAGAAAUACAAUUAAAAAACCCCAAGUAUUCACUGGUUACUGACCUUUAUGUAAUGCAUUCAUUUUGAGAAAAAAAUAUCUAGAGCAGAAGUGUGAGAAUUUUAUGCUAAUGAAACUGCGCUGGGAAUUUGAGCGUCUGUGGGAAAUUGUAAUUGCUGUGGAUAAAGAAGUUAAUGUUUGCUUGCUCCUAUGGAAAUCAAAGAAAUCUUGAUGCACCGUGAGUUAUAAUUUGCUUUUUUUAAUCCCUUAAUGCCCAUUACUGGGUAUAAAUCUGUAACUAUACCAGUAAAAACACAUAUCUAAGAGCAAAAUCUAAUUGGGUGAUUACAUGGAAAUGAUCUAUCAUGAAUAAAAUUAAAUCCAUCUUGUAUAUUUGCAAGAUCAGGCUUUGGGGCUUCUAGGAGAACAUCAGGAAGAGGUCCUUGUUCCAAUGUUCAUUGACUUAAGUGAAGCCUUAAGUGAAGUAAUUCACCUAUACAAUAUAUUUACCUAACUAAUUGGAACUUUUUUCCAAAGUAAAGUAGGUCAUUUAAAUAUGUUUUGGGGCAUUUGUUGUUUAUUUCUAUUAUAUAAUGUGCUAUCAUGAAUGAUUUCUUUGUUCUUCUGGAAUGUAUUACUUUGUCAAGUAAGAUGUCAGAAGAGUUGGCAUUGCAUCAUAGACAAGCUCAGGCAGAUGAGAAUAUAAUGCCUUGAUUUUUUUCCCUGUCGUGUACCAGUAGAAGUGGGAACUACUCAUCGGGUGGGUGGACGUGCGCAUAAAUUUGUGUUUGGGUCUUUAACUAUAACAUAGCUGAUCUGUACAAAACAUUUUUGUGGAUUUAUGGAAAUCUUCCUAGGAAAGUAAUGUUGUGUUCUGUCAGACUGCCGCACUAGGCCUUGCUAUCUCCCAUGUUUAUUAUUAGCUUAAAAAAACCCCUACAUGUACAGUUUAGAAAUAGUGUUAACUUCCUCAUGCACCUCUGAAAUAAUCCCACAGAUGUACAAUAGAGAAUGCUGGCAUUCCUACAGUAAUUCUGAAACAAUCUGUAGAAGUCUGUGGGGAUGGUAUUCACUGGUGGGAACUAUAGGGUCCUAUAGUUCUUUAUAGUCCCAUGGGCAUUCUGUCAAGUUCAAAAAAUGAAAUUCUAUAGAUUUUCUUCUUUUCAGGAAAAUAGUCUUUCAACAUCUUGCCACAGCAUUUUAAUCCCACUGGGGUUCUAAAUUGCCUUUAUAUUUAAGAUGUUUUCCACACUGAAGCCAUGGCGGGGGUGGGGGGGAAGCACUGGAUUACUUUCCUUUUUGUUUUAACAGCCACUACCAGUCCAUUCUUGUGAAAUUAAAUAAUCUGUUAUUUGUUAAAGAAAAAAACCCAAAACUCCUAUCAGUGUGCUGCAGUGAAACUUCAUUGGGCUUGGACCACUACAGAAGAGUUGGCUGGGUUUUACACUAAAUAAGACUGUACUUUUUCAAGCAAAUUUUUUGACUGGAACGUCUUUUUGUUGGUCACGAAACCCUUCUAAAACCUGCUGACACGGUUCCACAUCUCCUAGAAGAGCCUUGUUGUUUCAGUACUGAAACAGGCUCAGCUGUUUCCUUGUUUGGUCGUUGCCUGCUGUGGGCUACUGCAGUCCAUAUAGGCAAAGGCUGUGUCAUCAAAACUGAGUUGUCAGCUAAGCGUGGAUUCAAAACUAGUGGGUUUUCUGGUUUGCCUUUUAUGAAGAAACAAAGGGGUUUUUUUCUGCAGGUUGGUAGUUACAUUACUCAGUACAUUUUCUUUUUGUAGAAGCUGCUUCAAGCCCUGUGCAUUGUUUGAAUGCCUAAUAGAGGAGUUAAAUUAUCCCUGAGGUCUUGCACGUAUCCUGGUAGUUCACUAUGAAUAUCAGAGGAGUAAAAUUAAGGAAAUUAAUUUUUAUGAGCAAGCUACACCAUUUGUUUUGCGAAGUAUUAAGGGAAGCAUACUGAUCUUUGUGGCAGAUUCACAGAAAACGUUCUGUAUCUGCUCUGUUAAAACUUUUGUAAGGUAUAAAAUAAUCUGCUUUGAGGUGAGGGCAGUUCUCAAGGGCUAGAAGAUGAACAUUCAAAAACAUAUCUGGCAUCUAAAGCCAAAUCCUGUCUUACUCACGGAAGAUGAUAUUUGUAGAAAUAAGGUUAUCAGGAUCUGCCUUUGAGGAAUCCUGAAAUAAGGGCUUCUAGCUUUGAAUAUUUGUACAAUGUGUUACACACUUAUAUGGGGUUUUUGUACCACAGACUAGUGUCUAAAUAGAGAGCUAGUAUAAAAUGCCUGAAAAAAUAAGGAAAGGAAAGUAAUUUUUUCUCAGAGAUGAUCGUAAUAAUGUUCUAAUACGUAACAUGCAUAAGCCUGACAUUAUUAAGCAGGCAGGUCUUUUUUUUCUGAAGUCUUCUUUUGGGGAACUUAAAAUUUGUUAAUGUUUAUACUUUGGCUUUUACAGAGCAAUUAGGAAACAGAAAUUUUUCAUUAUGUUAUCUGAUUUUUCUCUAUGUGAAGCUGUGUAUUUUGAUGGAAUACUAGCAAUGUAUGUGUUAUAAAGAACAAAUAAGUUAGGACAGCUGAGAGAAAAUAUUAACUGAGAAAAAGCCUUAAUGAAGUCCUUUGCAAUGUUAAUUUUUAUACUGUCUGAUUUUUUGCAUUACAUAAGUGAAAUAAGGAAAUUAACAAACACUUUCUGUGUCUAAAUCGAUCGGUUCUGAUGAAAAUUCACUUAUUUGCAGUGAAAUAAAAUGUAAUGGUAUUCUAAAUGAUCACUAUUAAUUUAUGUGUAAAGAAGUGCAACACAAUUUUGAAGCCCACUGUAUAAUAUGCCUAUUAUAGCUUCAGAUAAUAAGCUUAUUUUUAUUUCUAGUUUAAGCACAAGUUCCAGGAAAUCCUAUAGUCCACUUAUAAAAAGCAGAAAAUGCACUGAACAUCAACCAGUGUAAUAAAGAAAGAAAUUGCAUUAAAAACUUCAGCAAAAUUACUUAUGUGAAUUAAUGUAUGUAAUCAGUUAAGUCUUAAACGUACAUUGUGCCAGUUGGCUAUGUUGUAAACUUGAAACCAUUGAUAUCAAUAUUUAUGAUUUUUUUUAAUUGUAAAGAAGUGUACUGUACAGGCAAUGCCAUGAGACAUGAAUUUGCAUCUUGCUUUUCACUUAUUUGCAGCUUAAAAGCAGAUGUUUACAAUUAAAGUGCUUUAAAAUAAUUGACUGUUCUUCAAAACACAAACUUACCUUGUAAAUUGCAUGUUUAAAUUAAAAAAAAAAAAAAAAUCACACAAAUGCUUUUUUUUAAAGGUAAAAAAGGAAGAAAAAAAAAUAAAUUCCCAGACUUCAGUCUCUAGAACAUUGCUUUUUUUUCUUAGUAACGCAACACAUCAACUGUUGUGUUGCCAGAGUGUUCAGCUUACACUCUGCAGCACACAAAUAUUUAUUUGCUCUUUCUCUCAUAGGAUCUACUUGAAUAAGUAAUAAGACAACAAUGAAUUUCAGCAUGAUACUCAUGAUCCAAGAUUUAAAACUUGCAUUUGCUUAAAUAAACCUUAAACUUAAUACUUCAGAAUAAAUAAAAUAGAAGACACGUGUGAACCAAUGUAUCCGUAUUCCAGAGCGCUGAAACAUAAAGCAUGGGUUUGCAUGCUGACAGGGAGAAAGAGUUAUAGUAGAAAUCUGACUGUGAAAAUAGAGCACCCUGGAUCUGUGGGGUUUGGAGUGGUGAGAUUUGGACCAUACUGCUCUUACUUAGAUCUCUAACGAUUGGUAGUGGUGUUUUGUACUCUCUCCAUGCAUGCAAAGUACUUUAAAAGUUUUCAGCACUUUUGUUUAUGAAUGAUCUGACUUUAAAAUUUCUAAAAUCCAAAAUCACUUUGGUACUUGUUUUCAUUUUGUAUAGCUGUUCCUUGUAAUGUUCCUGUCUCACACUCCGGAGCACAUGGGGCUAUGUAUAAGUAACAUUAACAGGACUUCAGUCCGUAGUGUGUGUUUGUUCAGAGAAAUGAAGCACAACUAUAGUAAUUCAACUCUAUAUUUCAGCAUUUUUGUUUCUUUGCUGUCUG